GGGGAAGGGGGAGGGACUCCAGCGACGCCGACUAGCGCGUUGAGUGCUGCUGCUGUGCUUCUCUUCUGCUAGGCUCGCCACAACCAAACGUUUAAGUGUGAAAUACUCUACGUAUGGAGGGAUACGUUUAGCAUACGCAAACGAGAAUCGCGCUACGCGGCACAGAAAUGUUUGUGUUCCGAUCGAAGCAGCGUAAAGGGCUUGUUUGAACAGAGCUGGGCCUAUGCUGUACCCGCGGAGGACAAGCUUCUAGCAGGCUAAGCACCACCUCAAGUUGCCGUGAACUUUGUCACAUUUCGAGGGCAAUGUCCGGUCCGAUGUGGGCGAAAAGUACUCGGGGGGCGUUUUUGUUCUCAUUUGUCCGCUCGAGACGGCGAGGGAUCGACUCACUUUCUGGACUUCUUCCGGUUCCGAGGCGCCCCAUCAUCGACAUGUCCUACUCUGCGCACUUCAUUGAUUUUAAAAGGUCGUCCAUACCGAGCAGUAUGAAAAAGGUGGUCGUAAACAAGCUGAGUCCCAAUUUUCGAGAGGCCGCCUCGGUGCAAACUGUUCCGGUACCGACCCCCGCAGACGGCGACUUACUCGUCAGAAAUCGUUUUGUGGGGAUCAACGCCUCUGAUAUUAAUUAUUCAGCAGGCCGUUAUGACCCGACAGUGCAACCUCCCUUCGACGCUGGAUUCGAGGGUAUCGGCGAGGUCGUGGGCCUCGGCCUGAGUGCCAGCUCGCGCUACACUGUUGGGGACACUGUGGCCUACUUCAGCAGUGGUGCCUUUGCCGAGUACACCGUGGUUCCCGCCAAAGAAAGUGUGCCUGUCCCUUCUGUGAAGCCUGAGUUCCUCACCCUGCUGGUCAGUGGCGCAACUGCCUACAUCGCCUUGAAGCGUCUGGGUGACCUGGCCAAAGGCAAGACAGUUCUGGUCACAGCAGCCGCAGGAGGAACAGGACAGUUUGCAGUGCAGUUUGCCAAACAAGCAGGUUGUCACGUGAUCGGGACCUGCUCAUCCGACGAGAAGGCAGGUUUCCUUAAGUCCAUCGGUUGCGACAGGCCAAUUAACUACAAAGUUGAGGAUUUGGCUAAGACCCUGAAGACCGAGUAUCCAAAAGGCAUUGAUGUGGUUUAUGAAUCAGUCGGGGGCAGCACUUUAGAACUGGCCAUUAACUCUUUAGCUAAAAAAGGCCAACUGAUCAUUAUCGGUUUCAUCUCUGGCUACCAAUCUGCGUCGGGGAUCCCACAGUUCAGAGGGGCAACGGUACCCGUAAAGCUGCUACAAAAGUCGGCAAGCAUUCGAGGUUUUUUCCUUCCCCACUUUAUCAGCGACUACAGAGAGGCUUUGACUAGCAUGAUGCAGAUGUUUGCCAUGGGCAAACUGAUGUGCGAGGUGGAUUAUGGGGAUUUGGCUCAAGAGGGGAGGUUUGUUGGCCUGGAGUCAGUCUUCCGAGCUGUGGACUACAUGUAUGCAGGAAAGAACUUAGGCAAGGUUGUGGUAGAAGUGACACCUCUCUCCAAUGUUAAUAGUAAACUGUAAACGAUUUGCACCAAAGAAUGUUGCCACUUUAAAACAUCAACAAUGCAAAUAUUGAAUGUAACAAGAUUAUUUGCCAUGACUAUUUUCUGAAAUUAACAGCUCAGCUAUGCAACUUUUUUCAAUAUACGUGUGUAAGACAUUUUAAAAAAAAAAAAAAAAAAAAAAAGUGAGUUAUUAAUGUUAAUAAGUCUUGUCUGAUCAGUUUGUGAAUUUGAUGCUUAUGACAAUCAGUUUUGAUAGCAGGAAAAAAAAAACUUAUGUGCACUGAAAAAAAUGUAUGAAUCUAAACUUAGUUGCCGCUGCAAAAUGGUUGCAAUGUUUAAUGUUCAAUCCCACCCAGUUUCACUCAUUUCACACCAGAUGCUUCACUCUGCUAGCUUUUAGCGCUCUCCAGCACUUCAUCUACCAUAAAUGUUUUAUAGACUUCAUUGUUUGUCUUUUAGAGGCUUACGUGGAUAUGUCAAAAGUGAAUACUGCUCCAGGUGUUCCUGAUAUUUUAUUACCUGUGUGUAGCUGACAGAAACACAAUCCACACAAUCAAUCUUUGCCUUCACAUGCCCCAAAGCUGCAGCUAAUAAAAAUGUGUCCAGUUAACUAGCAGACUUAAAAUUUCCGUUUGUAUUGCAAACAGAAAAAAAGUAUUUUGUAAUGAGUUGUUUUGCUCUACUUGACCUUUGACAUGCAUUUUCAUUCCUAUGAUGUGUAUUAAAAAAUAUAGCAGUGAACAUUCUACAGAUUUAUGCAUUCUGCAUAAAGGCUGCCUAUAAAAGCCCUUUUAGAUAAAAAUAGUUUAGGUAGUAAAUAAAACUGGCAGGAAUUGCUUUAGCCUUAACGCACUGUGAACAUGUUAUUUCCUUAUCCAGGUGGCCGCACACAUUGCAAGCCAAUGUGAUGUACUUUACAGGUGUGACCCAGCGUGCACGGUGGCUAACUUCAGCAGAUGGGACAGGAAAUCACAAACCCACCCAGCCAAAUUUGCUUCAACUCUGUAGAGCAACUCGGAGAAGUGGGUAAAUUCAAAAUUUGGUAUUGUUAUUGCUGUUACUAGGAGGUCUAGAAGUAUUUACAUAAUAAUUACCAAGUCAAAGUUCUUUUACCAACUGGAUGCUGUAAUUAAGGUGAAAACAAAACAAGAUGGGGUGAUCGAAAGCACAAAAGGUGAUCAUUUAAUUAUCACAAUCACCUUUGUAGCACGGUAACACCCCUUGUUACUUGAGCAUUAUGGAAUAGAAAAAAAACAGUCACAAAAGGUGAGAGGUGAGACAAUGCACGUGGAUGUUUGGAUAAAUUUAGCAUUCUUGACUACUGUUUGCAUCUAUGUUGCAUGGCAAUGAGGAGGCCAGGUUUAGCAUCUCUUCAAUUAACAGGAGAAGCCUUGUCUCUGCGUCCUCCAGGGCCCACCUGUACCUUGGCUGAUUAGUGAGCAGUCACAGCCCCAAUUAGAGAACACAGGAACCUGGAGAGACAACACUCUUUAUUUAAUUGGAUUGUGUUGCAGACAGAGGCUCCUUACCUGCUACACAGGGAAGCAACCUGGAACUGUUGGGAGUAAACAAGACAUUAAAGACUAAGAACGUCUUUUAAAAGGAGUUUCUGUGUAUUAGCGUAACUGUCUAUCAAUUUCAGGAAUAACCCAAAUCCACUCAUCACUUAAUUAUAAAUAUUUGGUACCGUCCACUAAACAGUUAAUACAGGUUAUAGAAGGACUGGAUCAAAAAUUCCAUCUUUUGAAAGAUAAUGCGUGUUUAUUAAUACGCCUAUAGUUUACUAUGGAGUCGUUAGUAUUAGUCACUUGCUGAUUGACAACUCGAGGUCCUGUUCCAACUCAGAACAAAUUGUUGUCUAUCACAGUGAUUGCCUGUGUCAACUUCUGAUCCUUGCAAAUGUGAACAAAGUGAUACAGAAAAUGCAGAAUUUGACUCCAUCAUACAGUAAUAUUGUACAUUUUAUAAUUAGGGGAACAUGUAUAGCUGAAGGAUAAAGUCAAAGUCGAAAAACAUUUCCAGUAUGAUGAAAGUAUAAAAAUUGGAUGACCUCAAUCAUGGGGUCAGUUAAAUACGUUAUCCAUUGAGUAACAUUUAUAUAGAAACAAUAGCACUGGUUCUUAAAAUAGAAAGUUAAAUGAAUUAUUUUCCUCCUUUGCAACUACAGAUUAUAUUGUUAAAUCCAAAAGCAAGAACUCUCUCACUUCAUUACGAUUUUUUUUUUCUAACUCAGGUUUCUGCCUGCUGUAACAUGUGGCACGAAACAAAGACAUCAUUGCUGUUGUGUGGACCGCCAGAUGCCUAAGGGACAUUGGCUGGCUGUUGGUGCUGCCAGACAGUCCAGUUUCUUUCCCUGCAAGUCAGUCAGACACCCUCAACUCCCCAACUCCCACAGCCCCCGUCACUCAUGCCUCUGUCUAAUUACCAAACCUAAAACCCCACUCAACUAAUUAGCCACAGCAGACCCAAGAACUGUGAGUAAAGGUAAAGAGAUGGCUUCAUUCACGAGUGUGCCCGCGUGUGCGAGCUCGUGUGACAGAGACAAGAAGGGGGACAAACUGGAAUAUUUCAGACUUGUUUAAGUGAGCCCAUCUCUUCAGCCUAUUAAAGUCAUUUAUUAAACGCUGCGGAAGCUAGUGAGGUUUGCAUGACACAGUGAUGGGGAAUGUAUUUAUUGAGACCAUGCCACUGCACAUCCACUCCUUUUUCCCGCUCAUCCACACGCAUUCACAUUAGUUGUCCAUCAUCAGCGGCAAAACGCAGGGAGAAAUAAAUCACAGUAUGCAGCGGCACCAUUUUUGUAAGUCAUUAGGAAGGGGCAAACUAAUAACUUUCCAAAGAAAGUGUCAUAUGUUUUAACCUCACCUCAAUAGAGAAUGUCUCCCUGGAGGAUUUUUGUCAGUGAUUGUGUUGUUGAAGUGGAGGGAGCAGAGGUCAUUGGAUCUUACGCAGGGUUGUGCUAGUUGCUGUCACGCGAAGAACCCAUUGAAAAGACACAAAUUGCUCCUGGGCAGCCUUCAAACACAUGACAUUUAUGAGGUACAAUAAUGAGUGUGAUAUGCUUAAGAAUCGGUGGCAUUAGCGGGCACAAAAGAUGGAGUUGGUGUUGGACACAUAAGAGUGAUGAACUGGGAUUGUGUAAAGAACUCAUCUGUUUUAAAGGCCUGGUCUUGCAGAGUGUUCACUAGAGUUCAAUAAGCAUUGAUUUGGGGGUUGGGGGUUGAAACAUUUUUUUUAUUAUUAUUAUUAUUGAUGCUUGGAAUAAUUUAAAUUGAAGAAGUAGGCACACUCAUCAAAAUCUAUUGAGAUUAAGUACAAGAGCUGUAUCACAAAAUAGACAGGUAUAUGAAUGUAAUGUGAAAUGAUGAUUGAUAGAGAAGUCUUAAUUUAUAAUGUUUAAUGCAGACGUAGUUUGCAGUUGUACAGUAUAUAGCUAUAUUUUUAGAAGUACAAAUGAACAAUGCUGUACCUGAAUAAGUUUAAUAAACAAAAGUUAAUGUGCUAAUUCAUAUUUGGGGGAAUGUGAAGUGAAAGAGGUGUAUUUUAGUUUUUGAACGUUUUGGUAAACUAGUUUGUUCUGUGCCAUAGAGCAUUUUUUGAAUGGUAGUUUAUUUUUCAUUCAACAGUGCCAGGUUUGGUCAAACUACACAUAGAAAAUCCUUCUGAAUACAUUGUACAUGCAAUUAUUGUGCAAUUUAGGAAGGUCAGUAUGUGUACAGUACUCGUCUCCAUGACAUGCAACAAUAUACAGACAGUCUUUUGCUGUGUGUGCAUUUCUUAUUUUUGCCUUUCAUGCGUAUUAUUUUUGGAACAAUUGUUAUUUGUUGACAAUUGAAAAUUAAAGAGGACUGUGAAAUUCGGCAAUUCAAAGAAUGGACAGGGGGAAAAAAAUUAAUUCAUUUUCUCUCUAACCAGCACAAGACUAAAGAGUAUAAAAUAGCAAAUUGCUCAAUUAAAAAAAAAAAAAAAAAAAAACAGAGUUUUCAAAGGAAAUUGCCUCAAAAUUCACAGUUAGCUGCGGGGAAAAAAUAUUGGACUGAAAUCAUCAUAUCAAAUAAGAAGCAAGAUUUUUGUCACAUCAGUGACAUAAAAAAGCAACAAAGUGCUUACAAAGUGACAUGAAAUUUGGGAUAGCCCAAUAACAUUCUAAGAUUCAGAAAUAAAUGAAUGCAUGCUUGUAGUGAUGGACACAAUGUUUUAGAUUAUGACUGCUGAAACAUCUUUUACUAUCAUUUCAAUUGAAAAAAAUCUUUUUAUAUUUAUCAAAAUGGAAAUUGAUGUUUUGGAUAGUCCAAUAACAUUUUAAAAUUCAGAAAUAAACAAAUCCAUGCUUGUAGUGGUGGACACAAUGUUUCAGGUUAUGACUGCUGAAAUAUCUUUUACGAUCAGUUCAAUUUAAAAAAGCAUUUUAAUAUUUAUCAAAAUGGAAAUUGAAUCUUUAUUUCAGUAUUUAUGUUGCUACUUAACAUUAUUACAACUGUAAAUAUUGUUAAUAAGCAUUUAACUAAAUAUAUUCUAUCCUUUUUUCAUCAACCACGAAAUUACAAAUUUACCAACAAGUUUAACUUAUGUGUAUGAACGGGAUAUUUGGUUUUGAAUAUUACAGAGUUUUCAUGUGUAUUGAUAAAAAUCUUUCGGCUCAUCACAAAAAAAAAAAAAAACUUUGGCCAGUUAAGAGCUGAAUAUGAGUAGACCCCUGCACAAAAAAAUACAUUCACACUUACUUUCACAUUUAUUUAUACAUGUGACCAGCGAUUAACCCAAGAUUGCUAGGAUAGGCUUGAGCUGACAAACAAAGACAAACAUGAGCGGUAAUAAAAAUACAUUGGAUGGAUCACUGGAUUGUGUAAAACACAACAGUACAAAUCAUCCACGCCCAAAAAAUGUACUGUUUUACUUGUUGUUACAUUGUAGGCAUUCAAAAUACAGUAUAUACUGUAUUCAAAUUAUUAUUAUUCAUCAGAAAGCUAGACAAAAGUAACUUGCAGACAUAUUGAAUGUGAAAUGAUUUAGUUCGAAUUCAUUUAAGAUUAUUCAUUUGAUGAUAGUAUCAAGCUGUGUGUGGUCACGUCCAGGUGUAAAUGCACCUACACAACACUGUUUUUAAAAUAUCAUACAACUGCAUGUUUAAAUGCAUCAUAUAACACCAAUACAGUAUGAUUUGGAAAGAAAUGCUUUUAGCCAUCUGCACAACCUGGUAAAAGAUACAAGCAAGCAAACAAACAAACCGACUUAAAAGAUGCAAUCGCACACCACAUUUAUCAUUUUCACACCUAUAUUAACCCUUUGUCAAUGCUUUAUGCAGCCUCUGGUGGGGGUUAGGGUCCACCAGCUGCAUCUGUGGUGAUGUAGAUAUGCAUUAAGGUGAGAGGUAAGGACACUAUUCAACACUUUUACGAUUAAUGACUGCAUUCUCGCUGUUGCCUUGCUGACCGGCCCUCGAGUUCCAUUGGCCGGAUAAAGAGGAAAUGAGAGACAGUGCUGCGAGGAGGAGAGAAAUAUGAGCAUUCUGUCGACAGGAUAACGGACAGGUCCUCAGUCCCGUUCCCCCAGGUCCGCCUGUCCUCAUUCUUUACAGGCCGAGAAGGCUAGCCAGACAGCGUUCUCUGCGGCCAAGGACACAAGGGUGUCAGCUACGCGUCUGGCUAACAUCGUUCAUCAGGUCGCAUCGGUAAUGGGUAGCUCUCUGUGACAGUGGUCAUCAAGACACAAAAGCAAAAGGGCUCAUAAACAUUACAUGACAGAUGGCUGGGUGGACAGCUUUGGACACGGGAGGUGGGGGGACUGGAUGGAGAGUGAGAUAUAAAGUGGGAUGGUGAAAGAGAGGCAGAAGGACAGAGGUGGAAGAGAGAUCACAGUCUUAUGAAAAGUCUCAAGUGCAGAAUGCUUUAUGAACGCUCGUGUUCAGUGUCACUGUGAAAGGAUGAACUGGAAAUCACAAAAGGAAAUGCUUUGUGGCUGCUGCCCAGCAAAAGAGCUGAGUGCAGUUAAAAGCCAUAAAUCUGAGUAUAAUGUGGCAAGAAUUUCCAAAUCUCUUUUACUGUUAAUCAUGCACAAAUAUCCAACUCUAAAACAGUAGCUGUAUCAAAACCAUUUAUGAUUCUAACAGAAGAAUUAAUUUAACUUACGGGUGUUUUUGUUGUUGUAUCUUGAUUCUCAUGUUAUAAAAGAGAUAACAAAGAAAAACAUUGGAUACAAUGCAGUUUUAAACCACUGAAAAUAACGUGGACAGUAAUAAACAUGUUGCUAAAUUAGGGCUGUCAAACGAUUGAAAUUUAUAAUCCCGUUAAUCACAGUUUAAAACUUAAUUAAUUGUAAUUAAUUGCAAUUCAAACCAUCUCUAAAAUAUGCCAUAUUUUUCUGUAAAUGAUUGUUGGAAUGGAAAGAUAAGACACAACACAGAUAAAUACAUUCAACAUACUGUACAUAAGUACUGUAUUUGUUUAUUAUAACAAUAAACCCACAAGAUGGCAUUAACAUUAUUAACAUUCUUUCUGUUAAAGGGAUCCACGGAUAGAAAGACUUGUAGUUCUUAAAAGAUAAAUGCUAGUACAAGUUAUAGUAAUUUCAUAUUAAAACCCCUCUUAAUAUUUUCGUUUGAAUAAAAUUUGUAAAAUUUUCAAUCAAAAAAAUAAUCUAGUAGCUCGCCAUUGUUGAUGUCGCUGAGCGGUGACGUCACAUGGGCUUCCUGCCGUUCUUCCACAGUGUCUUUAACUACGUAAGGUAGGAAUUGAAGUACACCACGAGGUGUCAAUGGCGAGUUUUAAAUUACUUAGAAAUCAAGCCAAUGAGUGUGUUUUGUCCCUCGACUUACGCCGUAGUUCCCUGUUUACUUGUUCAUCCAUUGUACUUCACGGUGAUUUGAGUGCUGGCUUCACAACGUACGAGACCUCUGAUAGUUUGUAUAUUGUGACUAAAUAUUGCCAUCCAGUGUAUUUUUUGAGCUAAACGAAAUGUUUGAAUAGUUUGUCCAAAGUCUGAGUAAGUUUUACGUGUAUUUUGCAUAGCUAUUUUGAUUAGGAUUGCUGUGCUUUCACGAAAUGAUACUUAUGUUUGUUGUGAAAGAGUUGCCGAUGCAUAUGCCAAUAAACGGCGCGGUCCAAUGAACGCCUGUGUCCACUCGCCUUUCUCUGCCUCUUAGCUCUUAGCUCAACGUGCAAAAAACUGUGUCAUUGUCGUUGUAAUCUGUUUGAGGCAAUGCAUUCCGUGCAUGUGUUAAAUACGUCAAAUAUUUUAACGUGAUUAAUUUAAAAAAUUAAUUAUCGCCCGUUAACGCGAUAAAUUUGACAGCACUAUGCUAAAUUAAUAUUUCUCAAACAAUUUGAUUCAAACUAGUCAUUAGAAUGGCGU